AUGAUUGAUGAUGAAAAAGAGAUAUUGCGACUGACUCAGUUUUACGAUGGCGUGCCAGUAGAAUACCCUAAUAAUGGUAAUCCAUUUUCUGUAAAUAAAGAGCAAAAUAUCUUCUUAACUGGAGUAAAUACUCCAAAUCAACUAUCAUCUCGAUCGACAAACUCAUUAUUAACACGCACAUCACUAAUAGAUAGAGUUAAUUCAAUCAUUCCUCGUGUUUCUUCUUUUACAACACGUGCGACUGAGUUAAGAAAUUCUAAAAAUUCCGGAUUAUCUUACACAAGUCGAGAGAAAAUGCCUGCCAAACGAAGACUUACCAUGAAUGAAUUCGUACAACAGAAAAGAGAGAUCUGUAAAACGAAUAUUGCAAUUGAUACACAAAAUAAAAAAGUUGAAAGAUUAAACACACUCCAAAAGACACGCGAAUUACAAGUUGCAGCAGAUUCAUAUCGUAUUGAAGAUGAUACAUUCUCAAUAAAACAAGCAGCAACAGAAUAUGAAGCUAAAUUAGCGAGAAUUGUCAAAGAAGCAGAAACAUUCUCUCGUUCUACAGUUGAAACGAAUGUUAAAAUAAAACAGAACGAAUUAGACCUCGGAAUUCUUAAAACGAAUAAUCAAAAGACAGCUGAACAGAUUGAGCAGAGUUUACUGCAUAAAGAAGCAUUAUUACAAAUGUCUCCACCAGGUACAGAGGAUCCAUUCGAUUAUUUUACAGAUCCAAAGCAAAUUCUUGACAGAUUAAGUGUUUUUGAGCUUGAAGCAGUUUCAUUGGCCAGACAAUAUGAUGAACUGUUAUCAAGGUUUUCAAAUGAACAAGAGAACAUGAAACUGAAAGAGAAACAGAAAAUUCUUGAAUCAGUUACAAAAAUCAUUGAAGAAACAACAGAAAUCAACAAUGACUACAAAGAAGUGGAAAUUACAGAAAGAAUUCCUAAAACAGAAAUAGAUGAUGAACUUGAAAUUCUUACAAAACAAGUAUUAGACUUAAAUGAGUUCAUUUUUGGUCAACAAGGAUCAGUGAAUUCACCAAUUGACCAACCGAAAGCAAUUUAUGAUUUUUACAUCGAGUUGUCACGAAGAGCGGAUGAAGCAGGUCCAGAAACAAAGAGAGCAGUUAUCAAGCGAAUCAGUGCUAAGAAGAAAGAAGACGAGAAACAGAAGAUGCUCGCAGGACUUAUGAAACCAAGAGAAAGAGUUCAUCCUGAUGUUCGAAAGAAAGGAUUUGUCAUCAAAGGAAAUAACAGAAAACUAAACAAGAGAGAACUUCCAAGUCACAGAGUCAUCGAAACUAAAGUUGAUGACAGCUCUAUUGAGAAAGAUCGUGCAUAUUAUGAUCGAUUAUUAUUCACUCAACAAUUAGAAUAG